AUGGCGUUCAGACCAUUCGAGGUAAAUGUGGCUCACUUGGCCUACACGAUCCUUGGCGCUUUCGUCGUCAUCUUUGGCAUGUUCUCUCUCGUGAUCAAGGAGAAAGCAUAUAUCGGUGAAGCACCUAUCGCCACCAUUGUCGGUAUUAUCAUGGGACCCUACGUGACUGGACUGUUCGAUCCACGAUCUUGGGGAGGCGCCAACGCGGAAGUCAAAGAUGAGAUCACUCUUGAAGUGACCAGAGUCAUCAUUGCUGUCUCCGUGUUCUCCGUCGGAGUAGAAUUACCAAAGGCUUACAUGCGCCGGCAUUGGAGAACGUUGUUCUUCCUCCUUUUCCCUUGCAUGCUUUGGGGCUGGAUGAUAUCCGGACUGUUGAUGUGGGCCUUGAUCCCCGGCAUCAAUUUUCUGUCCGCUCUUGUAAUUGCCGCUGCUGUCACGCCGACCGAUCCCAUUCUGGCACAAUCAGUCAUUGGUGGCAAGUUUGCAGACAAACAUGUUCCUGCCCAUGUCCGACACAUGUUAUCGGCGGAAUCUGGCAGCAACGAUGGAGCAGCGUUUCCAUUUCUUGGAAUCGCCCUUUAUCUCACGUUGGACGCCAGCCCUGGGCAUGCUGUCGGUCAUUGGUUUUACUAUACAAUUGCUUACGAAGUCAUACUCGGUAUCAUUCUCGGCGCCUUGCUUGGAUGGGUCGCUCGAAAGGUCAUGAAAUUCUCAGAAGCCAAAAAGCUCAUCGAUAGGCAAUCUUUCGUUGCCCAAUACGUCAGUCUGGCGAUCCUCUCGAUUGGCUUUACGAGCUUGCUGGGCAGUGAUGAUCUACUGUCGGCUUUUGCAUGCGGAUGCGCUUUUGCCUGGGAUGGAUUCUUCAACAAGGCUACCGAGGAUGCGGAAUUCUCCAACGUCAUUGAUUUGUUGUUCAACUGCGCUGCGUUCAUCUACAUCGGUGCUAUCAUCCCAUUCGACUCAUUCAAUGAUCCAAGAUUGACUAUCGCGUGGUGGCGAUUGGUCGUGCUGGCCAUCUGUAUCCUUCUCGUCAGGCGUCUGCCAGUCAUCAUGGCACUGUACAAGUGGAUCCCAGACAUCAAGACCUUCAGGGAGGCUCUCUUUGUGGGAUGGUUUGGCCCUAUGGGAGUCGGAGCAGUCUUCAUCUCCACGCUGGCCAAGACGAGCCUGCCUGAAGGAGAUGUUGAGAAGGACACAGCUCAGGUUGAUUUGUUGAGGGAUCUGAUUACUCCCGUUACCUUGUUCCUCGUGCUCUCGUCCGUCGUCACUCAUGGUCUCUCAAUUCCCUUUUUCUCGCUGGGUCGGAGGGUUCACAGUAUCACUUACACCUGGUCUCGCAACCCAUCCAUGGAUACUCGUAGAGAUAAUGAACCCGCCUGGACUACCCAUGCUCGCCGUAUUGUGCCUGGACAAGAAGUCCGCAUCAAUCGAGACGAUGACGCAGAAGAGGGAGAUCUUGGUGUUCGGAGCGAGAAACAGCCAACGUCGAGAGACAUGGUCAAUCGAGAAACGUCGAACGGAGAAGAGAGCGGUGGUAGCUCGGACUCAAGAACGUUGGCUCAAGGAGAGGACAUCGAAAUGCGUAGUCGACAUUCAAGUCGAUCACAAGAGGAUCGGUCUCAGGAGGAGCGAUCACAAGAGGCGCGGUCAGAUGAUGGAGCUUCACAGGAGGAGACGCGUUCCGAGGAGGCUCGAGGUGCCCAGGAUUACGAAGAGGAAGAGGCGGGCGAGCGAACUCCGCCGCUGGCUGAGUUCCGUGAAGGUAACAAUCUGGUCGUGGAGAGAAAGGGGGGUGAAGGCGAAGAGGUUGAAGUAGAAGUCAUACACAAUGCGUUUGGCGACCAUCCAACGAAAAAGACCACGUUCAAUCAUCCUCGCAGACUACAUUCUCAUGAGAUACAACAUCUCGCUACCAAUUUCGGGCACGCGUUGGAAAAGAAGCUCUCGAGUGCACUUGGUGGCGGUGACAGCGGUGAACACAAUCAUCAGGCCCAUACGAGAGAUCGGAACGAGUCUCGCGACGAGGAGCCACCGAAUGAAGGUCCUUCACGGCUUCCUGGUCGGUCACACGAGCUGUACGCUGCGGAGCCGACCGCAGAUGAAGGGGAUGAGGAAUGGCCCGAUAGCGAUGAGGAUCGAGGAGAAUCUAGUCGUUCGAGUCGAAAGCAACAGAAAUCAUCGGCGCCACCGAAACCCAAGAUCAAGCUUCCCGGACAAAAGAAGGGAGUCAUGGGAUGGUUUAGCAAGCGAGAUCGAUCCCCUUCGCCUUCAGCAGUGGAGGAAGGUCGUGCCAGUAUGGACCCAGGCCUCUUAUCCCCUCCGCGAUCUCGAGCGAUGUCCCCGAGGCAGAGCGGUGAGGGGAUCCCACUGACUCGCACGGCCUCUCUCCAACGGAACACGGCCAUUCGGUUUGCAGAAGACAGUCAACCGUCUUCGGAUUCUGCUCCUGGGCCAGGGAACUACGGGAACACAGCACCUGGGUUCAAGCGAAACCCAGCUUUGGCGAUGUUCAGGACGACUUCAAUUCAGGAAGGAAAUGAUGAUGAUUCAGCAAGUGUAUCGUUUAAGGAACCUAGUCGUAGGCGGUAA